GGGGCGGGGCUAGAGGCGCCGGCGCAGCCUGGGGGCCGCGGGAGGCGGAGGCGGUGGCGGUGGCGCUGGGAGCUCCUGUCACCGCUGGGGCCGGGCCGGGCGGGAGCGCAGGGAACGUAAGGCCGCGAGGUCCGGGACAUGGGGCCUGCCAGUCCCGCCGCUCGCGGUCUGGGCCGCCGCUGGGCCCCAACGCCGCUGCCGCUGCCGCUGUUGCUGCCACUAUUGCUGCUGCUUCUGCGCGCGCAGCUCACCGCCGCGAGCCUGGCUGGUGGGAGCCCCGGAGCAGCCGAGGCCCCAGGGUCGGCCCAGGUUGCAGGACUAUGCGGGCAUAUAACCCUGCACCGGGACCUGCGCACCGGCCGCUGGGAGCCAGACUCGCAGCACUCGCGACGCUGUCUCCGGGACCCGCAGCGUGUGCUGGAGUACUGCAGACAGAUGUACCCGGAGCUGCAGAUUGUGCGCGUGGAGCAGGCGGCGCAGGCCAUCCCCAUGGAGCGCUGGUGCGGGGGUGCUCGGGGCGGCAGCUGUGCCCAGCCUCACCAUCAGGUUGUGCCCUUCCGCUGCCUGAGGGGUGAAUUCGUGAGUGAGGCCCUGCUGGUGCCUGAAGGUUGCCGGUUCCUGCACCAAGAGCGCAUGGACCAGUGUGAAAGCUCCACCCGCAGGCAUCAGGAGGCACAGGAGGCCUGCAGCUCCCAGGGCCUCAUCCUGCAUGGCUCCGGCAUGCUUUUGCCCUGUGGUGUGGAUCAGUUCCGGGGUGUGGAGUAUGUGUGCUGCCCCCCUCUGGCGACCCCUGACCCGUCUAGGACAGCAGUUGGUGACCCCUCCACCCGAUCAUGGCCCCUGGAGGGCAGAGCCAAGGGGGCUGAGGAUGAGGAAGAGGAGGAGGAAGAACCCUUCCUGCAGCCAGUAGAUGAUUACUUUGUGGAGCCCCCACGGGCUCAAGAAGAAGAGGAAGAGAGAGUCCUACUCUCAAACUCUCAUACCCCUGCAGGGGUCAACAAAGUGACUCCCACCCCAAGGCCCACAGAUGGUGUGGACGUGUAUUUUGGCAUGCCCGGGGAAAUCAGUGAGCAUGAGGGAUUUCUGCGGGCCAAGAUGGAUCUGGAGGAGCGUAGGAUGCGCCAGAUUAAUGAGGUGAUGCGUGAAUGGGCCAUGGCAGACAACCAGUCCAAGAACCUACCUAAAGCCGACAGACAGGCCCUGAAUGAGCACUUCCAGUCCAUUCUGCAGACCCUGGAAGAACAAGUGUCCGGUGAGCGACAACGCUUGGUGGAGACCCACACCACCCGAGUCAUCGCUCUCAUCAAUGACCAGCGCCGGGCUGCCCUGGAAGGUUUCCUGGCAGCGCUGCAGGGGCACCCGCCUCAGGCAGAGCGGGUCCUGAUGGCCCUCCGGCGCUAUCUGCGUGCAGAGCAGAAGGAGCAAAGGCACACGCUGCGACACUACCAGCACGUGGCUGCUGUGGAUCCCGAGAAGGCCCAGCAGAUGCGUUUCCAGGUGCAGACACAUCUUCAAGUGAUUGAGGAAAGAAUGAAUCAGAGCCUGGGCCUGCUAGACCAGAACCCCCACCUGGCUCAGGAACUUCGGCCUCAGAUUCAGGAACUCCUCCACUCUGAACACCUGGGUCCCAGUGAAUUGGAAGCCUCUGUCUCAGGGGGCAGCAAUGAGGAGAAGGAUGGGCUGCAGCCUCCGGAUUCCAAAGAUGCAGACACCUCUGUGGCCCUUCCAAAAGGGUCUACAGAACAAGAUGUUGCAUCUCCUGCAAGAGAGAAGAUAGCUCCCCUGGAGCACUAUGAGCAAAAGGUGAAUGCGUCUGUUCCAAGGGGUUUUCCUUUCCACUCAUCAGAGAUUCAAAGAGAUGAGCUGGCACCAGCCGGGACGGGCGUUUCCCGUGAGGCUUUGUCUGGGCUGCUGAUCAUGGCGGCAGGUGGAGGCUCCCUGAUUGUCCUCUCCAUGCUGCUCUUGCGCAGGAAGAAGCCCUAUGGGGCUAUCAGCCAUGGAGUGGUGGAGGUAGACCCCAUGCUGACCCUGGAGGAGCAACAGCUCCGGGAACUGCAGCAUCAUGGCUAUGAGAACCCCACCUACCGCUUCCUGGAGGAACGACCCUGAACUGGCCCUGUCACCCUUUGGACUAAGCCCAGACCUUCUCUCUUCCUGGAGCCCCAGAACCCCAACUUCCAGCCUGGGGGGUCAUGAAAAGUUCGUUUCACACCCUUUGUGGGGGGGGGGGGGGCCCUGGAAAUUCUUCUUCCCUUUUUAUCCCUGAGAAAUCCCAAAGUGUCCCCAACCACCUCCCUGCUUGGGACUUCUUCUUCACUUUAAUUUAUUUUUUAAGUUAAUGUACCGUUCCUUGAGGUGACCACUGCCUUGGCCCCGAUGUCUGUUGUUCCUUGGAAUUCACCCUGCCACUCUUUCCCACUAACGUCUCAAUAAAGUUCUUUUCCCCACCAGGCCA